AUGCUGCGCCUCUCCGAGCGGAACAUGAAGUUGCUCUUCGCCGCCGCCCUCAUCGUGGGCUCCGUCUUCUUCCUGCUGUUGCCAGGUCCUUCCACGGCCGACGAGAAGAAGAAGGGGCCCAAAGUCACCGUCAAGGUGUAUUUCGACCUGCGAAUUGGAGAUGAAGAUAUAGGCCGGGUGGUCAUCGGUCUCUUUGGAAAGACUGUUCCAAAAACAGUGGACAAUUUUGUGGCCUUAGCCACGGGAGAGAAAGGAUUUGGCUACAAAGACAGCAAAUUCCAUCGUGUGAUCAAGGACUUCAUGAUCCAGGGUGGAGACUUUACCCGAGGAGAUGGCACUGGAGGUAAAAGCAUCUAUGGUGAACGCUUCCCUGAUGAGAACUUCAAGCUAAAACACUACGGGCCUGGCUGGGUGAGCAUGGCCAAUGCAGGCAAAGAUACCAACGGCUCCCAGUUCUUCAUCACUACGGUUAAGACAGCCUGGCUAGAUGGCAAGCACGUAGUGUUUGGCAAAGUUCUGGAAGGCAUGGAGGUAGUGCGGAAGGUGGAGAGCACCAAGACAGACAGUCGGGACAAGCCCCUGAAGGAUGUGACAAUCGCAGACUGUGGCAAGAUCGAGGUGGAGAAGCCCUUUGCCAUCGCCAAGGAGUAG